UUUUUGUUGCCGAAAGUGCUUUCGGGAUGAAGAUAUACGGUAGUUUGAGAAAAUCCUUCAGCCACCACCCAUGCGUUGGAGCUCUCAAUUUCAGCAUUAGAUGUGACUUUUGCUCCCUGAAAUGGCACCGAAGCAGGACAGCACUGAAGGAGUGGUGUUGAACUUUGUUAAUGAGCAAAAUAGGCCACUAAAUUCUCAGAAUGUUGCGGAUGCUUUGCAAAAGUUUGGACUAAAAAAGACGGCUAUUCAGAAAGCGCUGGACGCGCUUUGUGACAGUGGCCAAAUUUCAUUCAAAGAAUAUGGUAAACAGAAGAUUUACCUUGCUAGGCAAGAUCAAUUCAAAAUUCCCAAUAGUGAGGAGGUCGAUCAGAUGAAGAAGAAAAAUGCCAGACUGCAAAAGGAUUUGGAAGAUCAAAAGAGAGCAAUGAGUGAGAUUGAAGCAGAAAGUAAAGCUCUACAGUCAACCUUAACCUUGGAGCAAAUGUGUGCCAAAGAAGCCAAAUUGAAAAAUGAGGUAAACCAAAUGGAGGUCAAGCUAGCUAAAUUACGAGAAGGAACUUCCCUGGUAAAACCCGAGGACAGAAAAAAGGCAGAGGAAACUUACGUUGAGAAAAUCAAUCAGUGGAGAAGACGGAAGAGAAUUUUCAAAGACUUGUGGGAUGCAAUAACUGAAAACAUGCCAAGAGAUACAAAAGAAUUCAAGGAAGAGCUAGGACUUGAGUACGAUGAAGAUGUUGGAGUAAGUUUCCAGUCCUUGAGUGAGCUAUUAACGCAGAGAAAGAAGCCCAGGAGAGGUUAGCGAAUGGUCCCUUUUGCAAAAUCUCCUUUAGCUUGGAGAUUGGGUUUCCAAUAGGACAGAGCAGCACAUAUCUCUGUUCUUACUUCUAUUGGAGAACAGAAAAUGGGGAUAACAGGAAAUCCACUAUUGAAAAAACUUGUAUUGAUGGUUAGUAUUCUCGAUGCUUUGUGGCUUGGCUUUCCAUAUGCCAACUGCGUUGGUUGUAUAUAAUGUGUUUCGUGGAUUAUUUGGAGAUGGAAGGUAAAAAAAUGGAGGUCUUUGUAUACACGGUCAAGUGGUCUAGUUUCAUUUUGUACGACUUUCUUUAAAAAAAAUUUUGUUUGGUUUGGAUGCCUCAUCCUGAGCCAUUUGAG